AUGGCGUGGCUCACCACCGCCGGCAAUUCACUCUACAACAUUCUCUUUCAGUAUGACAAGAAAGUAAAGACCACGACCACGAUCUCGACGAGCUCGGCACCACUUGGAAUCCUAUGUUUCGAGGCCGCGAAAAUGAUGUCACGUCUCGUAUCUCUCUACCGAUCCCUCUCCGACGACGAGUUUCGGAGCCUGAAGAACGAGGUUGUCAAGUCCAAAGGCGUGUCUUACUUGAAUUCUUCCGACGAAGAUCACCUCCUCCGCCUCGCAUGCGCCGAGCUCCUCGAGGAGCUUGACCACGUCGCCGCCGCCGUCUCUCGCCUCGGUGCGAAGUGUUCCGACGCCGCCCGUGGACUCCUCCGGUUCGAACUCCUCUACGCCGAUCUGAAACUAGGGCUAAUUGAUCCGAAGAAAAUCGAAUUUCGAUCAAGAAAUGUGCAGAGACUUGUGGAGAAGAUGGAGAGAUUGGUCUCCGUUACAGCGAAUCUUUACUCGGUGUCGGAAUCGCUGGCGGAAUUGGAGCAUUCGGAGAAGAAAAUCGACAAAUGGAAGAAGAACGCCAAUCCGAAGCAGUUUGGAAAGACGAACUUCGAGCUUUUUGAUCAGAAAAUCGCCUUCCUCAGGAAACAGGUCCAGAGCUACAAGGAAGCCUCUCUUUGGAGCCAGACGUACGACAAGAGCGUCGGUGGCGCGAAUCGCAUGCGUCGUUCUCCAACGGAGUAUUGCCUUAUCGAAGACCGGGACUUUUACGUGCAGAGAAUUGAGCAGGCCUCAAAAACAAGCCCAAUUGGGACGGACCGGGGCUUGGUCCGGAUUCCACGGCGGAAUCCUUUCUCUGACGGUUUUGAUAGAAUCUCCGGCUGUGAGAAUCGGAAGAAUGACGGGGUGUCCGGAUUGGCUUCGCAAUCGACGGUGGGAGGCUCGGCGUUGACGCUGCGGUACGCGAACGUGAUCAUAUUAGCGGAGAGGUGUCUCUACGCGCCGGAGACGGUGAAUGACGGCAUGCGCGAGGAGUUGUACGAGAUGCUUCCGGAGAAUUUGAGGAGAACGGUAAGAGCGAAACUGAAGAAGCGAUGGAUGAGAAAGGAGGAGGAGGAUGAGGGAGGGCGUAAUGGCCACGCGCUGGCGGAGGGGUGGAGGGACGCGCUGGAGGAGAUAAUGACGUGGUUGGCGCCUAUGGGCCACGACACGAUGACGUGGCAAACGGAGAAGAACUUGGAGAGGCAGCAGUGUUAUUAUGACGGCGUGGGAAAGCCGUCGUCGUCGUCGGUGUUGUUGAUGCAGACGUUGCAUUUCUCGGACUUGGAGAAGACGGAAGCCGCCAUUGUCGAGGUUUUGGUCGGGCUGAGUUGCGUCUUUCGGUACGAGAAUCGGCGGCGUUCCGGAGAUCAUGAAUCAUCAUCACAUGAUCAUCUCCGAGAAGUUGGAGCUCGCUUUAAAACUAGGUCGUGA